AUGAAAGGAAAAAAAAGAAAUAUCGAACACCCAAACUUUUCGACAGGCAAUGGCAGAGGACAGCUGAGCAGCGCCGAAAGACCCCAAAGGGCCAAGAUGGCUGCGCCCGUGACAGACGCCGGCGAGUUUGAAAGCUGGCUAAAUGAUCGGCUAGACUCGCUAGAAGUAGACCGUGAGGUGUACGGGGCUUAUAUUUUAGGAGUCCUGCAAGAAGAGGAGAGUGAUGAGGAAAAGGAAGACGCGCUUCAAGGAAUUAUGUCCGCAUUUCUGGAUGAGGAAAGCGUGGAAGAUGUCUGCAAACAAAUCAUCAAGCAGUGGACGGAUUGGCGCGAGAGAUCAGCAGACAAAAGGGAUGGAGAUGCCGAGGUCCAGGCCAUUGCCAGCAUGAUAGAAAAACAAGCUCAGAUCGUGGUGAAACAAAAGAAGGUGUCCGAGGAGUCCAAGAAGGGGAAAGAAGCACUCCUCGCUCAAUACGCCAAUGUGACGGAUGACGAGCAAUAUCCUUUUACUUUCACUGAAGAUGAAGAUGAAGAGGAGGCCACAAGUGGAAACAACUUCCCCGCGCCUGAGAAAUCCCUGUUUAAGAACACCAACGUGGAGGAGGUGCUGAACAGGCAGAAGCAGAAGCGGGACCAGGCCCGCGACGACGCCCAGAAGAAAAAGGAAGGGGACAAGAUGCAGCGGGAGAAGGACAAACUGUCCAAACAAGACCGAAAAGAGAAGGAGAAGAAGCGCACACAGAAGGGGGAGCGCAAGAGAUAAAAGCACAGGACACUUUGCACAUGGGGGGGGGGAAGGUUUUGUUAUGAGAUGAAGAUGAACUUUCCUUAUUUUAGCCGAAGGAUAUUGGCGUAGACAGAAUGCGAACACGUCUUCAUCAGAUCCGUUUAGUUUUAUCCCCCUCACCUCGUACAACUAAAGAACCAUCUGCACGUUUGGCACCUCCCACAUCGGUGUGGUCCUGGACGAUAUGAGCAGACACACAAUUGUUUUGCGCAGCAUAAAGCUUCGAUUGUUGGAUUGUUUCAGUGAGUGAAGCAUGCUUUGGCUGAGCUUCGACGCAGUUACCCCUGAAAGAUCAAAGGACGCACUUCAACAUGAAAUAGGAAAGUUUCUGCGUUUGUCCUUUUUUUAAAAUUUCUGCUCAAAUAAAUAAGUGACGUCAUC